CACCAAAAUAUUAUUAGAAUGGCUUCAAGGCCAUUCUUUUCGAAGCAAAAAUCUCUCCCAUUCUUCCUGCUCCUCCUUUGUCUCACCAUCACGCUUCUAAUCCACACCACCACCACCACCCUCCGCAUUGAUAACCAUGUUCAACCAGUAACCACCUCCCUCCACCUUCUAGCCACAGAACCACCACCUUGGUAUGACAGACUUCGGUCCAUGAUCAAGAACGGUUCUGAUAAGCUAAAACUCGGGCUGGUUAACAUUGGAGCUAAUGAUAUACAAGUUGACGGCUUUGCUGACGUGACCACCAUAGAUUUUGAAAGAGUUCGAGGAGAAAUAAAAUGGGAAGAUUUGUUCCCUGAGUGGGUGGAUGAAGACGGGAAGUGGGGUCCGAUGAAGUGCCCAGAAAUCCCUAUGCCUCAGUCAUAUGGGAUGGUGGACGUGGUGGUGGCAAGGGUUCCAGACGGUGGUCGGGAUGUGGGUAGGUUGCAAGUGAAUUUAGUCGUUGCAAAUGUUUUGGUAAAUAGUGGGUGGGAGGAUGGUGGUGAUAGGGAGGUGUAUGUGGUGUUCAUUGGGUGGUCAGGACCAAUGUGGGAGAUAUUUAGGUGCGAUGAUAUGAUAAUGGAAGAAGGUGAUUACAGGAUAUAUAAACCAGAUAUGAAAAGACUCCGGCAGAAGGUGAAUAUGCCUGUUGGCUCUUGCAUGAUUCCAUCUCUACAACCUCCUGGUCGUUCGACGUUUAAUGCAUACAAAUCAAGAGAGGCAUAUGUAACAGUCCUCCAUUCCUCUGAAACCUACGUUUGUGGUGCCAUAUCUUUGGCACAAAGCAUCCUGCAAACGAACUCUACCAAGGACCUACUCUUGCUUGCCGAUGACUCUAUAUCUCAGAAAUCCCUUAGAGGACUAAAGGCUGCUGGAUGGAAGAUCAAGCUUAUAAAACGCAUACGAAGCCCACAUGCAAAAAAAGGCGCAUAUAACGAGUAUAACUAUAGCAAACUUCGAAUAUGGCAGCUCAUUGAGUACGACAAAGUUAUUUUCAUAGAUGCGGAUCUUAUUGUCUUAAAGAACUUAGACGAGUUCUUUCGUUAUCCCCAACUCUCGGCUGUUGGAAACGAUAAAUAUAUAUUCAACUCUGGUGUUAUUGUGGUAGAACCAUCGAAGUGCAUGUUCAAUGGCCUGAUGAAAAAACGAUUCACUUUCACAUCAUACAAUGGAGGUGAUCAGGGUUUUCUCAACGAAGCAUUUACAUGGUGGCAUCGGUUUCAUACCAAGGUAAACCAUCUCAAGGUUUUUGAAGGUACAGACAACCCAGGACGCAAAAUUCCGGAAAAUGUGCACACGAUUCAUUAUCUGGGGUUGAAGCCGUGGAUGUGUUAUAGAGAUUACGAUUGUAAUUGGGAUAUGUCCGGUCGUCAACGUUAUGCUAGUGAUUCCGCUCAUAAAAGAUGGUGGAAAGUAUACGAUGCAAUGCCUAGUGAUCUGAGGUCUUUUUGUGGCUUGACUAAACAUAUGGAUGUUCGGAUAAGGAAGUGGAGAGGGAUAGCAAAGAACGCUGGUUUUAGAGAUGGGCAUUGGAAGAUAAAGGUGAAAGAUAAGAGACAGGCAUUGCAUAUGGUUUUAUGACAAUGGGUGUAAUCUGUAUAUCAUAUAAAUCCACUUACGUUUCUUGUUCACUA